CGAUCGAAGGAUGAGCGUUAUCAGCAUUACAGGUUAUGACAUCAUCGAACGAAUCGGAAGCGGUGCCUAUUCGGAAGUUUAUCAUGUUCGGUGCCGGCGAACGGGGAAAUCCUAUGCGGCCAAACAUUUGAUCGAUGCGUGUUCGGAUUUGAAUUGUGAUGUGGCUUUUCCCGAAAUUCAGCUCAUGAAAUCUGUGCCCAGUCAUCCAAAUAUUAUGCAAAUUUUCGACCAUGUAUUUGAGAAAUGCAGUCUAACGCUAAUAAUGGACCUAAUGGACAUGAGCCUGUACGAUUACAUGCAGACCCGGUCACGUCCGUUUUCAGAAUCACGUGUCCGAAAAAUGUUGUACCAGAUCGUGCUAGGGUUAGAACAUCUGCAUCAGAACGAUAUAUUCCAUCGGGAUGUGAAGCCGGAGAAUAUAUUGGUUAAAUUUUAUGAUGGCAUCGUAGGCAGAAGAGAAACCCUACAACUGGCAGACUUUGGAAGUGCGGCACGCAUCACGCAUCGUCCACCGUUCGCAAACUACAUAGCGACUCGCUGGUAUCGGGCGCCGGAAUGUAUGCUCUCGUUGGGUCAUUACGGGCCCAAGAUGGACGUCUGGGCAGUGGGUUGCUGUUUUUAUGAAAUGCUCACCCUGAAGCCACUGUUUCAUGGUGAAAAUGAGCUUGAAAUGUUGGACGCAAUACAUACACUGCUCGGAUCCCCUUCCGGCGAAACGCUGGAGCGCUUUAAACCAUGGAACGUGAACAAUUUAAAGUUUCCGAGCCGUCGAGGAAUAGAGCUUCGACUGUAUCUUCCAUUGUUGAACGCGAUUGGAAUCGAUUUGAUGAAGCGAAUGCUAGUCUACUGUCCGGAUAGGCGUAUCAGUGCCAAGAACCUGAUUAAGCACGUUUACUUUGAGGAACUUAUGAAACGGAAAAAGUUAUCAAAAUUUUCAUUGAGCCAUCAGAGCAUACAGUAUGUUGGGUAUGAGCCGAUUUCCACCGCUAGACAGCCGUCUCAGGCGAAACAAAACCUGAAGUACCAAAAGAUUGCUGGUUCGUCCUUAUCAAGCGUCUUAAGCUUCCAGACAAACAACACCUUCCACAUCCUUUCGACCGAGGAGCAAAAGAGAAUCAACAAAAAAAAGGAACGCAUGUGGAACAUGAAUCCGGCCAGCAUGGAAAAACAAAAGCACCCAUUCAGGACGGUCCGAAAGCAGACGAAGCUAGUCGACGGCAAGUGGUCUAUCUGGUCAUAA